GUUGGUUCACAAGAGAUCAACUGGAGGAAGGAAGCAAGUCCUGUGGACAUGUGGACGCAAGCAGACUACAAGCAGGUAUAAUGGUGCAUUAGCCUCGUUGUAAGUGGGACACCAGUCUCGCAAAAGACUUAGCGUGUGAUUCUACACCUUGGGACAUCUGAUUGGCUCGAAAAAAGCGAUGGUACAAAUAGAAGGAGGUGAGAGGAGCAGUCCGUGACGACUUGCAGGAGGGAGGACACUUCUUUUGACAAAGUCUAAGGAUGUCCAGCAACAUGGUACUCCUCUGCAUUGUGUCCCUGCUGGGCAUGGUCCUCAGCCAGGACAUGCCCUACGACGAAUUAAUGGCCCAAAUCCAAGCUUGCCCUCAACAGUGCCACUGCCCUCCCAACUUCCCUCGCGCCGUUUACUGCGACAACAAAGGCUUGAAGAGCAUUCCCCAAAUCCCUCCCUUCACUUGGUACCUCUACCUGCAGAACAAUCAAAUCCAGGUCCUCUCUGCAGACGCGCUUCGCAACGCCACCCAGCUGCGUUGGAUCAACUUGAGUCGCAACAAAAUCACAAGCGAGGGAGUGGAAAAGGGUACCCUUGAUGCAAUGCCGCGCCUGGAGCACCUCUACAUGGAUGACAACCUUUUGUCCUGGGUGCCGUUUCCUCUUCCAGCCAGUCUGGAGCGUCUAAGCCUCUGCCGCAAUCGGAUCUCCAAGAUCCCUGACGGAGUCUUCUUGGGUUUGGAUAAGCUGACCCUCUUAGACCUCCAGGGGAACAAGCUGAUGGAUGAUGCCGUGACUGAGGUGAGCUUGAAGGGUCUUAGCAACCUGGUCCAGAUUAACCUCGCCAAGAACCAGCUCAGCAGCAUGCCUCUGGGCCUGCCACCCACCACCACUCAACUUUUUCUGGAUGGCAACAACAUCGACAAGAUCCCUGUUAAUUACUUCAAAGGUUUGCCCAAAGUGGCGUUCCUCAGGCUCAACCACAACAAACUUGGCAGCAGCGGCAUUCCUCAGAAUGCCUUCAACAUUUCCAGCAUUUUGGACCUGCAGUUGUCCCACAAUCUACUGACGGAGGUCCCCCUAAUCCCCCCGGGCCUUGAGCAUCUUUACCUGGACCACAACAACAUCAAGAGUGUUAGCGGCUCCAACAUUUGCCCUGUUGACGUGGAAACAAUGACCGCAAAUGACAGCACCCCACGACUGCGCUAUCUGCGACUGGACGGCAACAAUAUCGAACCCCCCAUUCCCAGGGAUGUCAUUCUGUGCUUCCGUCUCCUGAGGUCCAUUGUAAUCUAGAUUAACAUUGUGUAGACACAUACUAUUUUCUGCCACUAAUUCAGGUUAAUGGACCACUAGUUGUGCCUUAUAUACAUGUCACACGAGUGUGUACAUCCCUCACAUUUCAUUGUAUCUUCUCAAGGGACAUUACAAUAGAAAAGAAUCUAGAAAUUGUUUUGCAGUCUAGAUUUACUAUCCACUGAACACACAGCUAGAUUGUCUUCCUUCCUUUAGAGGAUGCCCCACAGGUUCUCAAUUGGGUUGGGGUCCAAGGCCAAGGUCCUCAGCAAGGCAUUUGAUCGUCUUGAAAGUGUGUUUGGGCUCUUUAUUAUGUUGGAAAACUGCCUGACAAUGACACAGUAUACAUUGGAAUUAAUGUUUCCCCUCGUGCAGCACAUGUGCAGCCCCAGACCUGAUGUUGCCUGACUGCAGGCAAGACACAAUUAUCUCGCUACACUUGUGCUGCCAGAUAGUUAGACAAUACUGCCUGGCUGGUGUGUUCACUGAGAAUUCAUGUUUUUCUCAAUGAACCGUAGCUCUUGCAGUGCCGACAGCACUCAUGCAGCCCCAGCCCAUGUUGCUACCCCCAGCACCAUGCUUGACUUUAGCAAAUUAUCUUGCUAUUCACUUGUGUUGCCAGAUAUUUAGACAGUAGUGGCUGUGUGCUGACUCAGUGGAUAUUAAGUUUAUAUUGCUAUACAAGCUGUACACUGGCUAAUCUGAAGUACUGUAUAUUGAUUUUUUUUUGCAUUGUCCCUUGAAAAGAUAUACUUCUGUGAGAUAUUGUAUAAACAUAAUUUAGAUAACAAAGAUGAUGAAGGCUUGUUUUCUAUUGUUCAAAAAGGAGUCCAGUACGUUUGCUACAGUAAAUGCGUUAGUAAUUUAUUUUAUAUUCAUUGAGUUUCCUGUUAACGUCUAUGGCCAAAAUGUCAAGAUGGCGUCUUCAGUUUUAAUAAAAGUACUGAAAAUACCGA